AUGAAGCUUCAGGAGAUGAUUCACCAGCACAAAAUCUUCCUAGAGUGCCGUGAAGCUCAAGGCAUGAUUGUCGAUGCCCAGCACUCCAUCCGCCGCGCUCCGGGGAUGUGUAGCACACUGGCCGAUGACAUCAACAGCCUCCUCGUCAAGGCAGGCCAAAAGUUUAAUCUGGCCGUCAAGUCCAUCGUCGAGGACUGGUCGGAGCUCGCUCUUGAGAACGAUGAAAUGAAGAAGAGUUUGUCGAACUGGUCCAAGGACAACGAGGCUCGCGAUGAGGAGCUUCGAAUCACUCAUCGGCAAAACUUUGACCUUAAAUGUCGCCUCCACUCGUACAAGGAGCGCUCGGAUGCUCUCAUCCAUGAAGCCCAGAAGCUUGUAUCCAUGUUUGACAAACUUGAUGUUUUUGGGAAGGACGAAGACACCUUUUCUGAGCGAAUGAACAUUGUUCAGACGCUUGUAGAGCAGAUCCGCAAUAAGGAGUCACUGUUCGCUCUUCUCGAUACAGCUGAUGCCGACUCGCUCUGCGACGAGCCCGAGGAAAAAGAAGUCCCCCAGGGCGCCGGCAUUCUGAAGAACGGUAAAGGGUCUGCUUCGAACAAAUACGAGGACGCGGAGCCUGAGGGUCAUCGUCGCCGCGAUGAGCCUUUCCGCGAGUCGUACUCUGCGCCUGAGGGCAUCGCGGGCAGAUACCGUCCUGCCAUGGCGGAUCCGCGCAAGUCGCAGUCUCAAUACGAUCUACGGCAACCCGACCAAAGUCUCUUGCGGGUCCCCGAGAAGAGGACGGUCCGCAUCGAGGACCCCAAGGAUGCCGAAAACGACCCGUCUGCCGGACGGGGCGGCGGCAAUAGCGGAAAGACACCUCCUUGGGCCCCCGCCGAGAAGCAGCGCACCACGAGCGCACCCAAGGUAACCGAGCGGCCUCGCACAAUGCCGCACCGGCCAGCCACCGCUGCAUUUGAGCCGGGCAGGGCGACGCCCGAGAUGAACCAGCAGUGGCAGCAGGGACAGAGCCCUCGAAACUUCUACCAUGGUCCGUACGGUAACCAUCAAUUCACGGGUCCCGCCGUUCGCGAGCCGGGUUUCCACUUCUACCCGGAGCACUUCAGCCCCUAUGCCAACAUGGCAGGUAAUUACGGUUACAACGCACCCCCACCCCGCCGCCCCGGUAAUCCCCAUCAUGGCGGGCCUUACCAUGGCGGGAACCAAAGACACAAUCGCCCCCAGACCCCCGGAGCGAGGCGCCAUAACCAGCACCACAACGCUGGGUACGGCGCCCCGCACAAAGGCUCCCGCCGCAAAAACAACAACAACAAUAAUAACAACAAAAAUGGCAAGACGCCACCUCUGGAUCCUGCUCCGCUUCAGGUGGUCAGGGACCUGUACAAGGGGCUCAUUCAGAUGUGCCGCGGGUGGGUGAACUCGCACGCCGCCAAUCCCGAUACCAACGUAGUCCACAUGCUCAGGGCCACGCCCGUUUGGACGCCGCUCCUCUCGGCGUACCCGGGGCUCAACGACGCGCAGGCGGCAGCGUACGUCGAAGUCCACAUCAAGGACCCAGUGUACCGCCUCUUCUUGAUCACGCGCGUGAUGCUCGAGUAUUUCAUCAAGCGUGCGUGGAAAUGGGAGAGCUGGCGACGCUUCGACGCCGAGACGGACGCGCGGCUCGGCAAGCUCCAGGAGGAGCUGAAUCGCGCGGGGCCCCAGCUGGGGUUCCAGCGCCAGCAGCUGUUCGAGGCGUUUGGCGACCUCGUCGAGGGCGUGGCCGGGCACGAGGGCUACGCCGAGUACCGCGACAGAGGGUGCGACCGGAUCGGGCGGGAGCUCAGCAUCGUGCUGGAGCCGCUGCUCAACGCGGGGACGUUGGUCGGGCGCGCGUUCGAGGAGCUCCGGCUCGUGGCGGAGCGAGGGUGGGAGGUGGGCCGGGAGAUGGCCCUCGCGCGGGCCCAGUUCACCUACCGCUACCCCAACACGGGCGACCGGUUCACGACCAACUCCAUGAGCAACUUGUACCCGAACCGCUACGCCGAGGAGCUGCAGGCGGAGCACUGGCGCGUGGCGCUCGUGGCCUCGCCGGCUAUUACGUGCGUCAAGGAUACGGGUGGUUCGAUUGCCGCCCACGAUCUCUUCCUCGCGGACGUGCUCUGCAUGCAGUGA